AUGCCUAUGGUUGACAAGUCGGCUCGUGAGCCGGUCAAUCUGAAGUCAAAGAACAAUACCAAAGUGGUCUCAUGGAAUAAGCCAUCAUCAAUUAUAUCCUUGGAGACAUAUUUAUUCACUGUAUUUAUUUUAUUAGCUCUUAUUUUAGCAUCAUUCUAUCUGAAAUUCCCAUAUUCAAAGCAGUCCUUUUUUGAAACAGAAGUUACUGAACUCAAAACUGCUUAUUCAGAAACUGAAGGUGUCAGCGUUCGAGAGGGAGAUAUUUAUUUUUUGAAUCGUCAUGAGGCGAGACGACGACGUUCAGCUUCGCGUACAGCAAGGCGUGAUGGUGUACAAGGCCUCGCUCUCGACUGCGGAAACAGCUGCUACUUCAGAUUACGUCAAAAUGCCAGUAGACCUGCUGAGGCUGAAAUGCGCAUUCAUCUGUUUCGCUGGAAGCAGGUCGCAACUCCACGUAAUAAGUCUCUACGAACGCUCAAAAAUGACGAAGUUCGCCCGCUUGUAUUGUUCCUUGAUUCAAACGAUACGAUGCAUGCUCGUUUAUCGCGCAUCGCCCCUGACUGCAUUUACAGUGCUCACGUCAACGGAGCGCUUGAAUCUUCUAUCGUUAACUUAUGCGACACUCAUGGUGGUUUGUUUGGUACUUUGGCCCUUCCGGAUGGAACAUAUAUCAUUGAGCCAGUAGAAAGCCGUCAUGGGAAAUCUAAUAGAUCAUCUCGUAAAGCCCAUCUCGUGUAUAAAUCUCGAUCUCUUUCAUUCCACAAUUACGAUUAUUCUACUUUUAAUUCCUCUGCAAAUUUUAAUGCUGAAUCUUCUCGUAAAAAUGUUAAUUAUGCAAAUGAGACCGACCCGCUGCCUAUUAUCACAAUUCGUAAUAUCCGAUCUCGUCGAUCAGCUAACUCUUGGGACCACUACGUUGAGGUGCUUGUAGUAGCUGAUUAUCAUAUGGCAUUUUACCAUCAGGAAAAUCUGGAAAACUACAUUCUUACCCUGUUCUCCACGGUAGCUUCAAUUUAUCGGCAUCCAAGUCUUAACGCAGCAAUCAAUAUAAUUGUUGUUAAAAUUUUAAUCCUCAAACAACGAAUGCCAGAUUUUGAAGGAGACUCCGCAAGGAACAUUUUGCUGUCAUUUUGUAGUUGGCAAAAAGAUUUUAAUGAUCCGAAUGAUGAUUCUCCUAAUCACUAUGAUGUUGCCAUAUUGUUAACUCGAAAUGACAUAUGCAGAUCUCGUAACAAGUGUGAUACACUUGGACUGGCUGAAUUAGGAACAAUGUGUAAACCACAGCAAAGUUGUGCCAUCAUUGAGGACAACGGUUUAUCAGCAGGUUUCACUAUAACUCAUGAACUUGGACACAUUUUCAAUAUACCACACGAUGAUGAGGUGAAGUGUGGGCACUAUAUGAUCAAAGAUCCAACCAACUAUCAUAUAAUGGCACCGACACUGGAAUAUAACACACAUCCUUGGUCUUGGAGUCCAUGCAGUUCAGCAAUGUUGGCCGAAUUUCUUGAUUCAAGACGAGCGCAGACUCAGUGCAUCCUGGAUCAACCGAUAGAACGACGCUACUACGAUCGUCUGUUUGAGAUGCCAGCACCUGGAGCAAUGUUUUCUGCGGAUCAGCAGUGUAAAUUUGUUUUUGGCUCACACUCUGGUCUAUGCAAGUACACCGGGCAUAAUGCGACAUGGUUUUUUCAGUUACAUUACUGUGAACGGUUAUGGUGUGAGGAUUACAUCCGGGAUAUACAUGGGGCAAGGGAAGGCUGUCGCACUCAACAUAUGCCUUGGGCUGAUGGAACACCGUGUGGCAAGGAUCAGUGGUGUCAUCGUGGCAAAUGCGUGGGGCUUGCACCACAACAAAGGUUCAAGCAGGAUGGAGGUUGGGGUCAAUGGAAACAAUGGGAGGAAUGUUCCAGAACUUGUGGUGGUGGGGUUCAGAAAGCAUACAGGGAAUGCGAUAAUCCAAAGCCUACAUAUGGUGGAAGAUAUUGUGUUGGCCAACGUGAACGUUAUCGUUCUUGCAACACUAUGGAUUGCCCGAUAGAUACGCCUGGAUUUCGAGAACUACAGUGUUCUGCUUUUGAUUUUAGAGAUACUGGUAUUCAUGGAGCGUCGAGGAAUGGAAAAUGGUUUCCAAAAUACGAAGGAGUAAGUACGAACGAACGGUGCAAGUUGUACUGUCAUGAGGAGGGUAGAUCUGCAUUUUAUUUGUUGAAGAAUAAGGUAAUUGACGGGACACCAUGCGAUAGGGAUAGCGAUGACGUUUGUAUUGAUGGAGCUUGUCAUAAGGCUGGCUGUGAUCAUCGUCUUGGCUCAGAGGUUAGAAGGGAUAUGUGUGGUGUUUGUGGUGGCGAUAAUACAUCUUGCCGAUCAGUAUCUGGUAAGUAUAAUGAAGCUGGGCAAUAUGGGUAUACCGAAGUGGUUAAGAUUCCUGCCGGUGCUUCAGCUAUUGAAAUCACUCAACAUGCAUACAAAAAUCAGAGAGAAGACGACAACUACUUAGCAUUACGUAAUGCAAAUAAUGAAUUUAUUUUGAACGGUAACUAUCAAGUUUCUGUCUAUCCUGUUCAAAUAACAGUUCAGAAAGCAGUUUUAUGGUACUCCGGUAGUGACAAUAUAGUGGAAAGGAUAAACGCUAGUGGUCCGAUCUGGUCUGAUAUCUAUGUUCAUGUUCUCUCUGUUGGAAGUUUAUAUCCGCCGGAUAUUCGCUAUAAAUUUAUGAUACCACUCGAUAUAAAUGACUCUUAUCAACCAAAAGUUUCCGGCAAUUAUUGGAGAAUUAGUGAUUUGUGGACUGAAUGUACCUCACCGUGUCAAGGGAAGCAAAUGCAAAUUCUGGUUUGUAUAAAUGCGAUCACCGGCAGUAGUGUUCGUAAAGAGCUUUGCACUUCUGCGAAACCGAAGAUACAGACGCGACUCUGCAAUUUAGAUUGCUUUAUUAAGGUUUGGAAGAGAUGGAGAAAGGAAACAUAUAUUUUUAGAUGGCGAACUGUUAGUGUAGGUACUUGCUCUGUCACUUGUGGCCACGGUGAAAUACGCCAAAAGAGCGAGUGCGUCCGCCAGUACAAUGAUGGUAGAGAAGAGGCUGUAUCGGACAUUGAAUGUCGUGACUUUCCAAAACCAAGUGAUCGAAAAACUUGCUUUCAUGACUGCGCAGGACGUAAAUGGACAUACACAGAUUGGACACAAUGCUCUGAAACGUGCGGUAAUGGAGGAAUCACUCGGCGGCGUGCUAUUUGUGUUGAUCAUAGUAAUAAACCAAUUGACGAGAAGUUGUGUGAGAGGACAGCUAAAGAAAUAUCAGAAAAGGAGUGCAAUCGGGUGCCUUGUCCGCGAUGGGUUUAUUCGUCGUGGUCUGAGUGUUCUCGAUCAUGUGAUGGGGGCGUGAAAGUCAGGCAUGCAUCGUGUCAAGAUGCGUCAGGUCGAGAAGUCAAUCCACAAAUGUGUAAUCUCAAGGAAAAACUCGACAGAGAGCUAUGCAAUGAACAAUUGUGCACACAUUGGGAAUUUGGGGCAUGGUCGAAAUGUUCAGUAACUUGUGGUGAAGGAACCCAAAAACGUGAUGCUGUUUGUGUUGAUCGUGACGGAAGACAUUUGGAGUCGAGUAAUAAAUACUUUAUCAAAAGACCUCGCUGUAACGCGCGUCAUCGCCAUGUGCAGAAAUCUUGCCGCCAACCGGCUUGUCCUACUUGGAGGCUUGGUAGCUGGAGUUCGUGCUCGGUGACCUGCUUGGACGGCUGGAAGUCACGACGCGUUUCAUGCGUCGAUGAUAGUGAGGUUGAAGUGCCUAGUGAAAGAUGUCUUUCUCAAGGCGAAACACGCCCACCAAGUCAUGAGCCUUGUAAUUUAGGGCCUUGUCCGUUUUGGAGGACGUCAGAAUGGUCUCAGUGUUCUGUUACCUGUGGCUCGGGAGUACGAAAUCGAGCUGUUGAAUGUAUUUACCGUAAUCAGGUUGUCGACAAUUCAUUAUGCAACGAUCAAGGUGCCCUAAAGAGUGAAGAAGUUUGCCAUUUGUUCGCUUGUGCUCACUGGAAACCAUCUACUUGGAGUGCGUGCUCGGUCACCUGUGGCACUGGUCAGCAGCAGCGAGUUGUGCAGUGCGUGCGCGACGGAGCAUCUGGAUCGACAAACGUUGUUCAUGAUUCCGAAUGCGAUGCGAAUACCCGGCCUCAUAAACAGAAAACUUGUGAAAAACCCGCUUGUAAAGUUUUUUCUGACAAUUUAUUGGAAUCUGCUCAUGAAAGACCUCAAAUUCGAUGGGAAACUGGAGAGUGGUCGGAAUGUUCAACAACCUGUGGAAAUGGACGACAAAGACGUUCAGUAAAAUGCAAAUAUGGGGACGAAGAUGUAAACAUUGAUUACUGCAAAAAUAUAAUAAAACCGCUGAACGUUCAACAUUGUCGAAUGAAGCCGUGCGUGAAGUGGACUGUAGGUCCCUGGAAACCAUGCUCUGCGACUUGCGGUAUCGAUAUUAUGACUCAGCGUAGCGUUAUGUGCCAGUCUCUUGACCCUGAUGACAUUGUUCAAGAAACUGACUGUGAUCCUUUGACAAAGCCACCUGAAACUCGGUCAUGCUAUCUGACUCCUUGUUCGCACAAAGCUCAAAGCGCGCUGACUUAUUCUUUGUUUGGACGAUGGAUUAGUGGCAGUUGGGGACAGUGCUCUACCUCAUGUGGUCCUGGUUGGCGUAAAAGAUUAGUAACUUGUAACGGGCGUUCAUGUGAUGAAAAAACGAAACCAGCUUUAUAUGAAGCAUGUAAUGUGCGAGAAUGUACAAGGGCAAAUUCUAGCGCUUGGUUUACUUCUUCAUGGUCAAAAUGUUCAGCAACGUGUGGAGGUGGCAUACAACGGCGUGAAGUGUGGUGUAGAGAUUUGAAGACAAAGACUCUAGUCCCUGAAACCGAUUGUUUUGGACUGAAAAAACCAAUAAAUGUAAAAAAAUGCGCUACAUUUUCCUGCUCGGAUGCUUCUGAUCCAAAGUAUCACUGGCAUUCUGGUCAGUGGACGCCGUGCUCUAAAACCUGUGGUCGUGGUGUACGUGUUAGGAAGGUUUACUGCCAAAAUUACAAGGGAGUUAAAGUUGAUGCAAACUUUUGUGCUGGGCAGAAAGCACCAAACAACACUGAUUCUUGUAGGAUGGAACACUGCCCUAAGUGGAGACGUGGAAAAUGGUCAUCGUGUUCAGUAACUUGCGGUAAAGGGCUGAAAACUAGGAGAGUCGUGUGCACAAAGGGUCGUCGUCAUAUUAUACCCGAUUCCGAGUGCUCACUGCUUACAAAGCCUCCGCAUGCUACUAAAUGCGAGUUGAGAUCGUGUCCAACAUAUCACUGGUUUGCUGCAAAAUGGUCAAAAUGCCGAAAUCCCUGUAAGAAGUCCGUGCAACAUCGAGAAGUUUUCUGCGUAAGCAGUUGGGGUAGAAGGGCUGCAGAAAAAUUAUGCGAACACCUCAAAAAGCCUGAAACAGAACGCAACUGCUCAAGCGCAAGGUGUCCCUACCACUGGGUACCAGGGCCGUGGACUUCGUGCACAACAACUUGCGGGGAAGGUUUCCACUAUCGAAGUAUAAAGUGCAGAAUAAAAAAAACUGGUGAAGCCGCCAACAGCUUAAUAGAAGCCGAAGCCAGCGUUCAUCAAGAUUUAUGCUUAGGGUUACCUAAACCUCCCAUCAGAAAGAAGUGCGCGAUUAAACCGUGUGAUUCUGAAUAUAGAUGGAUAACUGGCAAGUGGUCAAAUUGUAGUAGACAAUGCGGACCUGGAAGCAGGCGUCGGAAGGUAACAUGCAUGAAUAGAGAUGGUAUUGAAGUUGACAGUUCUUUAUGCGACCAGGGUCCGGAUCGGCCGAGGAAAAAAGAAGGCUGCUUUCUUCGGAACUGCAUUCCCAGUGAUUGCGCCGAUCUGAAACUACAUAAUAAAGGAAUGAAAGAUGGACACUAUACUAUCCUUGUGGAUGGCUUCAUGAUCAAAGUUUUCUGUUAUAAAAUGAACGACAGCAUUCCGAGAACUUAUGUUGAAGUUAAUGCUUCUACGAACUUUGCAGAGUUUUAUGGUAAACGACUGAACGAGCCUUAUACUUGUCCUCACAGUGGUAAGCGUAACGAUUCAUGUGCUUGUCAUCUAGAUACUAGUGGAAAUGCUGGACUCACUAGCUAUUCUAAAAUUCGCGUAGAUCUGCACAAUAUGAGGAUCAACGUUAAUGAUGAUACAUUUGCAAAAACUUUAGAAGGAGUGAGGAUUGCUUACGGGACCGCCGGAGAUUGUUACAGCACUGCCAAAUGUCCGCAGGGCCGCUUUGAAAUAGACUUACGCGGUACCGGUUUACGUGUAGCCGAGAAAGUUACCUGGACAGCCAAAGGAUUGCACUCGUCUACUGAGGUGUAUCGAUCGGCAACCCAGUGA